AUGAUGAGCGUGACUAUGUUGCACAUCUGCCUGUCUGCACAGGGCAGACCAUUUCAACUUCCUUUUCCGAGACACUGCCGAGAGCAGGCCAAGAGAGCUACGUAUUUACCAAAACUUCAUCCAGUGAAGAUGGAAAAGAGGUGGCUCUUCUCCCUCUUUUGUUUGCUCUCGGUGCCCAGCGUUGCAGGCCAGCCUGAAGACGUCAUUACACAAACAGAAGUGGUUCGUGCUUUGCCAGGUGCUGACGUGACCCUGGUGUGCAGCUUCCCAAAACGACACACCACCUACAUAAUACAGACUCAGUGGUCCAAGACCGAUGACAACCAGCUUACCAGAAUAGCUGUUUAUCACCCUGUUUAUGGCACCCACUACUUCACCUUUCCUGAAGCCUCUUACAACUUUUCAGUGUCCUUCAGCAUGAGGAAGUGCUGCGACUGGGAUGCUACAGAGGCUUUGUGUUUCCGUGAUCCAAAUGCCAAGUCUGAGUGCAAUCGGUGGGCUCUGCACCUGAAAAACGUUACCGUCUCCCUCAGCGGGCAGUACGAGUGCAGUUUUGCCACUUACCCAUGUGGGACAAAGGCUGCAAAAAUUCAACUUCUUGUCAAGGCAGAAGAGGAGCAGCACUACGUGAAGGAAGUGCAGUUAAACCAGACUUUAGAAAUUCCAUGCGUUGAGGACACGACCUCAGAAAAUUUGUCCAAUUAUCCUUUGAAGUGGCUAGUGGGGGAAAAUGGCAGGAGAGAGGAACUUGUGACCAAGGAGCCCUCCUGUCCUGCAGUGUACAGGAACAGCAGCAUGCUGGACGGGCAAAGAGUCCGCCUGGGUUUGAACUACACUCUAAAGAUUUUCCCCACCAAAAUCACAGAUGAUGGCAAGGUAUUUUCCUGCCACGUGGCGUACCACCCGGAAAGAGUCCAGAAGAGCAGCACCACCGUGAGAGUAUUCGCCUACCCUGAGAUCUCUGUUAGGCUGCAGGAGGGCUCAGCUGGCACCACGCAGAAGCCUAACGUGAGCUGCGUGGUGAGGAAGGUGUUUCCCAAGCCAAGCCUCGUGUGGUACGUGGACAGAGCGAGCCUGACGGAGCAGCCCGGAGAAAUUGCUGUUGAACAAGAAGACUUGCAAGACAGUGAAGGUUUCUAUCAGCUGAGAUCAACACUGGUGUUGCAAGGGACCCAGCAGGCACAUAAGAUAUUCUCAUGUGCAUGUCUGUUUUCCUUCCUCGGGAAUGAAACACGGAAUAUUUCAUCAGAAGAAAUAUUUGUUUCCUUCAACCUUGGAAAUUCAGCACUUCCAUCAGCUGUUGUGGCUACCUCAGAGCACCAGUCGACAUCUUUGGCCUCUCCGGAUUUCACAAGUCAAGCAAGCUUGGCUCCUGCUUCCACAACACAAGGAGCGCUGAUUUCUACUGCAGAGGUGAAAAGCUAUACCAGCCCCACAGCAUUCAGUGAGAGUUUGACAACCGCUCAUUUGAACGAUUCCACCACCAAAUCCCUGCAAAGCCUCAGGAAUGCCACGCGCUCCUCUGAGAAUACAACUCUGGUGUAUCGUAACCUGUCCUUCAGUGUCACAGACCAGCCAAUUUCAGUUACCAGAGGGAAAGAUUUCUUUACUACCAGCAGUCUGCUCAAUAGUACUGGUGGUGUGAGGAACGCGAAAGACAGUCGCUUCCCUUGGCCAACAGUGGUAGCCGUCCUGCUCCUCUUCUGCAGUUUUCUAAUAGCUUUAGGCAUCAGGAAAUGGUGUCAGUACCAGAAAGAGAUUAUGAACAGACCUCCAUCUUUCAAGCCACCACCACCUCCGAUAAAGUACACCUCCAUGGUGGAGUCUGAUGGGACUCCCCCAUCCUGCCAUGAACUGGAAAACCUGUAA